CGCAGUCCCCCACUACCAGAAAUUAUGCAGUCGAGAUUCCCACAUUUGGGGAAUUCGCAGGGGUCAGCACAACCGGAGUGCAAUGGCUGAGCCUCGCCCUGGGUGAACCACCUUCUUGAUCAUGGUAUCUCCCCUGCCAGGUAAGUAUGAGUUGUACAUGGCGGACUGGGGGACGUCAUUCAGCUACAUACCAGUUAGACUGAUGGUGUAAGGAAAUAAACAGUAGUAUACUUUUAGGCACAACACGACCAUCAAAUGGUAUUAAACUCUGGCACCAGUCGUAUAACACCUUAAACAAAAAACCCUCGAUCUGAGUAGUUUAUAUUCUUGAAUUUCCCCAUCAUGCUUUGCGGCAUUGUUUGGGUGUCACGCUUCACGUAGUAAGCUACUUCCGGGAUCUCACUUUGGCCAAACAAUAUACACAUUUGCGCUCAAUAAACUAUAUUUUAUAUGAGUUAUAUAUAUGUGUCUCACUUGAUAUAAAUGUGGCACAACAAUUGAGGGCUCCGUUUUCAGCUUUGGUUACAUUUAUCGAUUACAAGGACACAUGUACAGUGGCAUACCGAACCACCUCUGCGAUCACUGCAGUAUAAAUAAAUGUCUGCAACUUCACCAAGAAGCGGAAUUAAAUCGGAAUGAAGCGGGUAACAGCCUGUAUAAGCCUCUGCUACUGACGGGACAAGAAUACAUCUGAGAAACAAAGCAAAGCGCCAGAAACGUGUUAUUGAUGCCACAGACAUGUUUUUAUACGAAGGAGGUCAAGAGAGGGGAAAAACAGAACGGACCGGGAAGUGUGCAGCCAUUCACAACGCAAGUUAAGCACUGCUCGAGGAGAACUAGUGCUGCUUUUCUUACCAUCUAGGAGCGGGAAUUAAGCAUGUCCAAGGCAGGAGAUAGGACACCCUCUACCACUUCUGUUGACUCAGCCUCAACAGAUGGCAAGGAUGCUGCCUCCCCAUCAGGUUCAGUCUCAGAAACACCAAAGAAAUCCUUAAAGAAGUCCAAAAAAACCACAGAGAGUAUGACCAAAGUCUACAACUCUGUGCUCGAAAAUGUUUUUGGAUCAGACAGGGAAUUAGCUCAGGCUGAGUUAGACGAGUUGCAGGAGGCCUUCAAAGAGUUUGACUACGAUCAAGAUGGAUACCUGAACUACAAGGAUGUGGCUGAAUGCAUGAGGACCAUGGGAUACAUGCCCACGGAAAUGGAGCUGCUGGAGAUAGUUCAACAAAUCAAGAUGAGAAUGGGCGGAUUAAUGGAUUUUGAAGAUUUUGUUGAACUGAUGGGACCCAGGAUGAUGGGAGAGACUGCUCACAUGCUGGGACUCAAAGAGCUCCAAUCUGCCUUUCUACAGUUCGACCUCAAUGGAGACGGGAAGAUCAACCAGGACGAGAUGAGGGAGGCGGUCAAGUCGAUGCUGGGGGAGAAGCUGAAGAAAGGAGAACUGGAGGAGAUCUUAAAGGAGUUGGAUAUUAACGCAGAUGGAAACAUUGACUUUGAAGAGUUUGUGAUGAUGCUCUCCAUUCGCUAGCUGCUGAGACCACUGACUAGGACAGCAUUGCUAAUGCUUCUGAAUCAUUCCACACUAUCAAAUCUUGACAAUUUGGUAAUGUUUGUAAUGUAGAUAUAGACUUCUACAACAUAAUGUGUGCCUAACUGUAAUUAUUGUAUGAAUGAUGAAUUGUUAAAGGAAUCAGAGUGACGCUGUAUGACAACAAAUAUGGUGCAUGCUGUCAAGAGUUAUUUUGGUAGAUUUGUGAACUUUUUGCAGUGAUAUAACAUGUAAAUAAGACUGAAAUGGUUUGCUAUUUUAAUAAAGAAAUAAAAAAGAUGUAAGUUUUCUAAA